AUGAGGUAUAUUAAGAGUUAUACGGCGAGAUCGCUUCACCGAGACCGCGCACAAAAGCCGACGGAUUACCUACUGAUACGUCUUCGUUGGGAAGUUACCUCGCGAUCUGAUCCGAUUCCCAGAUUGGAUAUAUGGAAAUAUAUCCAUGGACACCAUCAGACUACUACAGAUGGGGUCUACUGGGGUCAAUCUCCAGCCAAGACUGCGGAUAAGCACAAUGGAAGAAGUAAAUUGAUGGUCAAAACUCUUAAGUGCAUGGUUGGCGCAAUGCCUGGGAAACUGGCUGCUGUGCAACGUGUCGCGGGUUCACUGACAACACUUAGUGUUAUCCACGAAUGUUGUUUCGGGCCUGGGUGUCCUGUGCAUGUGAAAUUGUCGGCGAACGAGCAGUCUAAUUACCUGAUGGUAAGCAAUCGGCGCGGCCAUUGGAUACCCGUAACACCGGAGGAGUUACGAGAACUUUGCCAGCAUUUUGGAAUUAGGAUUACGGAGGUUUGGGGAUUGGGGUUGGCAAACGAGCAUGCGGAUUACCUGAUGGUUGGCAAACGAGCAUGCGGAUUACCUGAUGUCGGUCCCUCAUAUCUGAGGAUCGCGGUAAGCAUCGGGAUAACAUCUGGAGCGGAUGAUCCGCUUCCACCGGCUUCGAUCCAGCGCAUCUCUCACUACCGCGAAGAAUUCGGAGGACGAUAA